UACUUAUGGUAUUGUUUGGCAUUUUUAUCCCUAGCUCAGACCAUGACCAGACCAGACCAUGACAAGUCUGCAUUACCAACUAAGGCGCACCUUACCUUUGAAACGAAAUAAACUAGGAUAGUAAUUUGCGUCUAUAUCUCCAUAUGGGCAUUAGAGCCUCAGGCGAAGAGAUUUGACAGCUGGCAGGCGAAUGGGCAGUGUGGCAGCUACCCUGCUUUGGGGCCUUUCGCUGCUAGUCAUCAUACAUUCAUCUAAGGGACAGAGCAGCCUCGCCAUAUCUCUACAAACUUCAUGCGCUCCGCUGAAGUUCUUUGACAUUUCCAGUCUGCAAUGCAAAGAUUGCCCGUCGGGGACAUUCCCAAACUCCGCCCAGACGGCCUGCAUCACCUGUGACGCCAGCAGCGGCGCCGCGUACAACUUCCAGUAUGGCUACUCCAUGAGCCAGACGUGGUGGCCUGCGCUGCUGCAGUCAAGCACUAGCUGUGCCUGCCAGACGACGCCUGAAGGCUCUACAACGGUUAUAUCAACCGCUACCUCCAACGGCACACUCUACCAGCGAUGUGUGGUGUGUCCCAGCGGCACAACAGCUAACUCGCUUGGGCAGUGCGCCCCCAGCGGCUCCAGCUUAUCGCUUCCAGCUACAACAUCGCAGCAGCUUUCUCAGGCGCUGACGCUCCUCGGCGUGGGCCUCUCUGUGACUGCUGCAACACAGGCCUUCAUCGAGGUUCCCAGCUCCGUCCCCAACAGCCAGCUGCAGCUGACCAUCCAGCAGUCAGAGCCGCUGGUGGACCUGCUGGGCCCCUCCGCGCUGGCCUGCAGGCAGGGCAUGGGCGCGGACAGGGAGGCAUGCAACGCCGUGGCAAACCUCUGCGUGCUGACGUUGUACGACAGUACCUCAGCCGCAUGCCGCAUGUACGACGCCCUCGUCAACGCCUUUGCGGCAACCACCACAACCUACUCGCCGCCGCCGCCUCCCAGCGGUACGACAACCACCACCCGCACCACCGUCCGCCGUACCACCAGCUACCACCCCGAGACGGGCGCCAUGCCUUGGCUAUACUACGGGGGCAGUGGCUACGUGGACGACUCGAACAUGGACCUCAGGGUGAUGUUCUCCAAGGGCAGUUUGGCCCAGGGCAAGGUCUCCUCGCUCACCUUCAUCCUGUCCUCCUACCUGCUCAAUGGCACCUGGCUGGGCUACAACCAGUGGACCUCGGAGUUCCAGCUGUGCGGGGCGCCGCAGAACGAUGGCUCGCGCUGGUACAGGAUGGGCUGGAACUACGACAACAGCUGCAGCCUGAAGCUGGAGGGGCUGCUGGCCAGGGCGUCCGCGGGUCUGACGGGCGGCGCGGACACCGUCGUACAUGAGCUUUUCCUGCAAGUGGGCAGCCAGUCGCUGUACCCCAUCCCCGUCAAGGUCACCAACAAAGACGUCAUGGACGGCAACACGCAAGCAGACACAGGUGCCGUACGGCGGUUCUUCUUCGUGGAUGCGCGGCUGGGCUACAGCGCCCAGUCCAAGCAGCUGCAGGCGGUGCAGUACCCCUCCAGCAUGCAGCUCGACAUUGUGCUGCGCCGCUCGCCUCGGGACUCGAUCUACGUGCCGCAGCUAACCAUCAGCUACAACGCCUGGCAGACCAGCACCCUCAGUACCGUCAACCUGGAGGGCAGCGCAGCCAUCGAGGAGCGCGAGGUGGCCUUCCGGGUCGUCUACUCAAAUGAGGAAUCCCUCAACAAGCGCUUCUGGUACGCGUGGCAGACCAUCCUGAUCGUGCUCGAGGUGGUGGGGGCCUUCCCCGCCAUGCUGCUCUCCAUCUUCAGAUACAUCCGCAAGAAGCGGGAGCAGGCGGACCUGGACUUCCUGGUGUACGCGGGCGUGUGCGUGGCGGACUACGGCUCCUUCGCGCUGGCCAUGGCGCUGCUGGUGGUGUCGCUCUACUACCUCAUACUGUACAAGCUGCAGGAGGAGGUGCUCUUCCUGAUGCUGCAAGACAGCGACCUGUACAACUUCAAGGUCACCGUCAUCCUGGCGGUGGUGGGGCAGGCGCUGGGGCUGCUGUGGACGCUGUGGAGACAGGUCCGUACCGAUGUGUUCUUCAUUGACUGGGAGAAGGCGCGCAAGGUGCUCAGCAAGGAGGGUACCCGCGAGGAGCCCGCCCCAGUGAGCUGCUGGCGCAUGCUGAUGGUGGCGAACGAGUUCAACGAGCUGCAGACCAUCCGAAUCACCACGCCCGCUUUCACGCUGCUCAUGAUGGUGAUGAUCCUGGAGGGCGCCAACGUGAUCUCCUCCGGCUCCGUCACCCCCGACGCCGCCGACUACCGGGAUUACUGGGGCGUCACCAGCUCCAUCGUGCUGCGGUUCGGAGUGGAGGCGGCGUUCUUCCUGGUGCUGUUCCUGGGGCAGUACCUGUUCAAGAAGAGGCUGUACUACCCCUACGUCGCCAACCCCGUCACCCAGUUCGUGGACCUCAUGUUCCUAGCCAACAUCUCGGCAAUCAUAUUCGACGACACCCACUCCGGCUACUACAUCCACGGCAGGAACCAGGCGCAGCACUCGGACACCACACUCAGGGACCUCAACCAGGAGCUGCUGAAGGAGGAGGAGGGCCUCACGGCGCAGCGCGGCCUCAUCGCCUCCGCCGCCAACCCGCGCCUGGCAGACAAUCAGCUCUUCCUCAUGUACGUCACCGACCCCAUCCGCAAGACCUACGACGCCAAGAUGCUGCAGCUCGUGAAGCAGGCCACCAACGACGCACGCAACCGCAAGGGCACCGUCAGCACCUUCCUGCGCGGCAGCGGGCGGCAGCGCGAGAACGUGCUGAGCGCGCAGCAGGAGAUUACGCUGCUGUUCAAGCAGAUGGUGGAUGACGUGGAGCGGAACCAUGGGUCGCAGGUGGUGGAACCCACCUACUUCCAGAGCGCGCUGGAGCUGCCGCCCGACAACGCUCUGCACAACCCCGCCUUUGUGCACGACUACUGGGAAACCUUCACAAACACCAUGUUCCUGGGAUGCGAGGUGCGGCUGUACGUGUUCGAGGCGCUGUUCUUCUGCGCCGUCGACAUGGCCCUGCGCAACGUGGCGGUGUCGGCUCUGCUCACCUUCCUGAUGGUGCGGGCGGUGGCCUACCUGCGAGGCAGCUUCGGAGAGGACAACCUGUCGCAGAAGACGCUGGUGGACCGGCACUUCCUCAUCUGAGCGGGGCUGGGGGAAGGCGGGGGAAGGUUGGCGCAGCUUCCCAUGUGCAUGAACGGCGUGCGUGCGGUGUGCGUGCGUGCGUUGCGGGGAGUAAUGCGCGCUGCGCGCUGUCUGAAGGGGGAGAAUGUGUGCCCCAGAGCGAAUGGAAACGUACUUGUUACAGGUUGUUAGGUAUGUGCAGUUGGCUGUGAAGGAGGUUAAGACGAGGGGUUUGGCUGAGUGGGUAUUUGGGUUUGUGGCACAGCAGUCGUGACCGGGUAUCUGGUGGGGCGAGCUUUCUUCAACGUGAUGAGAGAUUUGUGACGUAUCUUUCUAGUAUGUCUCGGUUUGUGGUCUAUCUCGCAUUUCAGGAUCCUGUACUGUGCAUAGCGUGUCAGGCCACUUAGCACGAGGGGUGCGUGUGAUUGCGAGAACUACCUACGCCGCUGCCUAUGAGGCCAAUGCUGGCAGCAUAUACACUGCAAUAGGUUGGCUUUGUGUGCAUGCUACUCCAGCUGAGUAUGCCCAGCCAAGUUUGGGCAAGGCGUACCCGCGUAGAGGAAUAGGGGAUAGGUUAGGUCGUAGGGGUAGGACCAGUGAUAGUGGUGUCAGGUGAUUAGGGUUAUAAUGGAACAAAUGACUUGUGUAAGGACAGCUGUGGGGGGUUAUGCACUGGUGCAUGCGGCCAGGAACCGCCAUCCGUGUGGCAUUGGGGUUUUGCUUUUGUGAGCUGCCAUACUUUGCUGUGAUUGGCCCAUGGGACGGGCGACGCCAAAUAAGACGUCCGAGGCGGGCAUGGCAAGAUGAGGGCACUUGUGGUGCUUAUGUAAUGACUGUUAUGGGGUUUGGGGAAAACAGGUGCUCGUACAUCCUGCACUGGCCUUGGUAGAAACGGUAUUCGUCAGAAUUCGGUUGGCAACCGCCUAGAUAUGCUUUCUUCGGCUUUCAGCAGAGAUAAGGUGUAACAGGCAAAGUAGCCUUAAUCUUAAUAAUUUCAUACACAAUGCAGACCCUGCGAACUGGAUUCGGAAAGCCGGUCGCUGGCCGCGCCUCGCCUCGACCCUUUUCACCACAGCCCAACACACGCUGUGCGCGACGCAACCUUAUCAUAAACGCACAAAUAAAGCUCUACACAAAUCCUGGGUCGCGCGGCAAGAUUGCCGAAUGGUACCUAGCAGAGCUGGGCGUUCCCCAUGAGUGUGUGUUCCUGGACAUGAGGCGGGGGGAGCACAAGACGCCCGAGUUCCUGGCAAUCAACCCCUUCGGAAAGGUCCCCGCCCUGCUCGACGGCGAGCUGCCGCUGUUCGAGAGCGGCGCCAUCCUGCUGCACCUGGCCAACAAGUACGGCAAGCUGAGCUGCGACGAGCUGGGUACGGCAGCGCAGUGGACGCUCUUCGCCAACUCAACCCUCUCAGACGCCUUCUUCAACGACCGCCAACGGCCCACCCAGAUGCCCCUCAUGCUGCGCACCCUGGACCAGCUGCUCUCCAAGCAGCCCUUCUUGGCGGGUACGUGUUUUAUCGUGUGUCAGUCUGUGUUGUUUUUCAUGCGUGCUCGUGUUGUGCUGUUCCUGUUGUUUGCCUUUGCCCAACGGCGCGGUGGGUCUCCAGCUCACCUUCAGCAGCCUCCACACAUGCCCAAGACUAUGGUAAGGUUGCUCCAUAAUUGGUAAGUUCGGUAAGUUUAGCUCGCAUUGCUUUAACCACCAUUUCGGCUCGACUCACGGUUGAUUCCACCAGGGAUUGUCAGCAACUUGUAUCAUUAUCAUACCACACUUUGGAAUUUCUUUUUUACCCCCCCUCUCCUUCCCCCCUCUCCGAAUGCGCUCACUGCAUGAGUCGGGAUAUGGGAUUGGGACUCGUUGUUUCACAUAUUUAAUUUUUUCCCCUCUCCUUCCUUACCUGUACGGCAAAGGCCCCGAUUUCAGCGUGUCCGACAUCGCAGUGGGCUCCUACCUCCUCUACCUGCCGCUGUUCUUCCCCGACAUGGACCUGUCCGCACACCCCGCCGUGUGGGACUACAUGCGCCGUCUAGCGCAGCGACCCACCUGCCCCGCGCCGUACAAGCAGGCCAUGCAGGAAGCGCUGGAUGCCGCAGCCCGACGCCAGGGGGGCGGCAACCCGGUUAACAUGCUGUCCAACAUGUUCGGCAAGCGCUGAGACACUGAAGGAUGCCUCAUGGUACCACAUGCCAGGGAGGGCAACACAAACCAGCUAGAAGCCUGUCCAGCCAGAUGUCUCCGGAGAGGUGUUAAACCGUACGAGAGAGGUUUUACACGGAAGAGGUGUUAUACGGAUGAGGUAUUAAUACGGGCGAGGUGUUAUACGUUCACGUGACGUCGGUUGUGAGGGAGAGCCAAGCUUGCUGUAUUGCUGGCCCCGGGCAUACUGAUGUGUACGGCGUCGACCAUGAUUGCUGUACGGCGCUGGAUUGGACGAGGUUCAACGGCCUCUGACGCUGUGCUGUUAUAUAGUAAUGUGAGCUUUAGCAGAGUACCGUAUACGUUGGUGACCUUACUAACUUCAGCGCAGACGACAGGGCUGCACACCUGUCCUGCUAUUCGGUGGUCCAAGGACCGAGGGAGGGCCGCAACACAAGUGAGCUG